UGAAUACAAAGAAGACAAAAACGAUGGUCAUCAGCAAGCACAAAAACAGAAGGGUGAAGGUCAUUGUCGACGAAACAGAUCUGGAAAGGGUAACAAGAACAACAUACCUUGUAAGCACGUACAAUGUUUUACAUAAUGCAAAAAGUUCUAUGCAACCGCCAGCUGGGCAUCUCAUUGAGAACUAGAAUAAUUAAGUGCUAUGUUUUCUCCACCUUGCUCUAUGGUGUUGAAGCCUGGCCAAUGACAGAAGCAAAACAAAAAAGAAUCCAAGCAUUUGAACUCUGGUGUUACCAUAAAAUGCUCAGAAUAUCCUACAUGACCCAUAAGACAAUUGCGGAAGUCUUGCGGAGGAUGAAUAAGGAAAGAGAGCUUAUGCUUAUAAUAAAAGAACGGAAAACACAAUAUUUUGGUCAUAUCAUAAGAAAUCAAAAGUAUGAACUGCUCCAACUUAUAAUCGAAGGCAAAGUCAGUAGCAAAAGAGAACCAGGAAGAAGACGCAACUCUUGGCUUAAAAACCUACGGCAAUGGACGAACAUGACCUUCAUAGAACUAUUCAGGGCUGCUACAAAUAAGAUUAAAUGGGCAAAUGUAAUGGCCAACGUCCUUAAGGAUAAGACACCGUAA